CCAGUGUGUGCUCGGUUUUAGGUAGGUUCCUGACUUGAAUUGAAUUGAAGCAGGGGCUGAGAAGCUGAGUAACAACCGUGCAUUGGAAGGGGAAAAAUGGAGGCGGCGACGUUCGGUUCUUCGCAGUUCACCAACAUUUCUGGUUCAAUGGUUUCACGGAGGAGUUUGCUGCUUAAAUUGCAUAGAAAUAGCAUCACUUUCAAAUCUCCACCGAAAUUCUCUGUCCGCGCUUCUGCUGUUGGAGGCGACGAUUCUGCCGUGACUCUCCUUGAUUAUGGUGCCGGUAAUGUUCAAAGUAUCAGAAAUGCAAUCCGGUAUCUCGGUCUCGAUAUCAAAGAUGUUGAAACACCGGAGGACAUUCUGAAUGCAAAGCGCCUUAUUGUUCCUGGUGUUGGAGCAUUUGCUGCAAUGAUGGACGUCUUAAACAACAACGGGAUGGCUGAAGCACUCUGCACUUACAUAGAGAAUGAUCGCCCAUUUUUAGGGAUUUGUCUUGGUCUGCAGCUACUCUUUGAGUCAAGUGAAGAAAACGGGCCAGUGAGAGGUCUUGGUUUGAUUCCUGGGGUGGUUGGACGUUUUGAUUCUUUGAAUGGUUGUAGAGUGCCUCAUAUUGGCUGGAAUGCUUUGCAAAUCAAAAAAGAUUCAGUUAUUUUAGAUGAUAUUGCAAACCGCCAUGUAUAUUUUGUUCAUUCUUAUCGUGCUGUACCCUCUGAAGAAAAUAAAGAGUGGGUUUCAUCCACCUGCAACUAUGGAAUUGACUUCAUAUCAUCUGUUAGGAGGGGAAAUGUGCAUGCAGUUCAAUUUCACCCGGAAAAAAGUGGAGAUGUUGGUCUUUCGAUAUUACGGAAGUUCUUGUUACCCAAUUCUUCUAUUGCUAAGAAGCCAUUGGAAAGGAAGGCUACAAAGCUUGCAAAGAGGGUAAUUGCUUGUCUUGAUGUGAGAACAAAUGAUAAUGGUGAUCUUGUUGUGACUAAAGGAGAUCAGUAUGAUGUGAGAGAGCAGACAAAAGAUAACGAGGUGAGAAACCUGGGUAAGCCAGUUGAACUUGCUGGACAAUAUUACCUAGACGGGGCUGAUGAGGUUAGCUUUUUAAAUAUUACCGGUUUUCGAGAUUUCCCUCUUGGAGAUUUGCCAAUGUUGCAGAUAUUGAAAUACACAUCGGAGAAUGUUUUUGUACCACUUACAGUUGGUGGUGGUAUCAGAGAUUUCACUGAUGGAAAUGGAAGGUACUAUUCUAGUUUGGAGGUUGCUUCAGAAUAUUUCAGAUCUGGUGCAGAUAAGAUAUCUAUCGGGAGUGAUGCUGUUUAUGCUGCAGAAGAGUAUCUAAAAACAGGAGUAAAAACGGGAAAGAGCAGCUUAGAACAGAUUUCCAGAGUCUAUGGGAAUCAGGCGGUGGUUGUAAGCAUUGAUCCACGUAGACAGUAUUUGACAAGUGAAGAUGAGGUUGGAUUCAAGGCUGUUAAACUAGAAAACUUGGGCCCAAAUGGGGAAGAGUAUGCCUGGUAUCAGUGCACUGUGAAUGGUGGACGAGAGGGUCGUCCAAUUGGAGCAUACGAGCUUGCCAAAGCUGUUGAAGAGUUGGGAGCUGGUGAAAUUUUGCUCAACUGUAUCGACUGUGAUGGUCAGGGAAAAGGAUUUGAUAUCGAUCUGAUAAAACUAAUCUCGGAUGCUGUGAGCAUUCCAGUGAUUGCAAGUAGUGGUGCAGGAACUGCUCAGCAUUUCUCAGAGGUUUUUGAAAAGACAAAUGCUUCUGCAGCUCUUGCUGCAGGCAUUUUUCACAGGAAAGAGGUUCCGAUUGAAUCGGUAAAAGAGCACUUGUUAAAGCAAGGGAUUGAAGUUAGGAUGUAGCCGAGCCAUGUGUCAACCAACACCUGGCCAACAAUAAUUUAUAUCAAACAAAUAUUGCAACUUAUUUUCUUUGCGGGCCAAUGGUUUCUUUAUUAUGUUUUGUAUGAUAUUUUUGUAACUUUUGUUUUGUGAUAUUGUUUGAAAUUGUGAUUGUUAAAAUAAUCUUGAUA